UGCCUCAAAGCACGAAUGUCUGUGGACACCAUCCUGCUGCUAAUUACCAAAGCAGCGACAGUUCUCUUCUGGUUAGAACGCCACACCCGGAGGCGUGUCCAGACCGUUGUGAUUAACUUCACUCUCAAAGAACUCUUGAGCAAGUUUGAAGAGGAUCUCCAAGCCGAGAUUGAAGCCCACCAUAGCAUCCUAUCGUCCCUCAAUCAGAGUGGAGUGAAAGCCGUCCAGGAUGCGGACAGCUCGGAGGAAUCCCAGACGAUUCAGAAGAGACUAGACGGUGUCAAUCACAGAUGGACCAAGGUACAGGAUAGAUCCGCUGAAAUUAGGAAACGUCUUGAAGCAAACGCUGAGGAGUGGAACAGCCUCGUGAGGGCGACAGACGAUCUGGUCAGGUGGAUAAGACUGAAAGACGACGAUCUAGUAAAGCGGCAGCCGGUGGGAGGAGAUUAUAACUCCAUUCAGCAACAGAUCUCUGAUCACAAGGCGUAUAGGCAGCAGCUUGAGGAGAAGCAAUCAUCCGUUGAACGGAACCUACAAAUGGGUAGCCUUUAUCUUGCCGAACAGAGAGAUUUGGAUUUGCUGUCAGAGAAUGCUGUAAGUGGCCCGGAGGCCGAGGCUCAUAACAUCGUUCAUAAACUGAAAGACAGCGUGACCGAUCUUCAAGACAGCUGGAACAAACUCAAUAUCAAGUCGGAAAAUUGGCAACAUAAACUAGACGAGAUGUCGACCAAAAUGUUAGCCUUGCAUCAAGCCAUGGACAAGCUUAGUGCUCGUCUUCAUGAGGCCGAAGCUACGAGAUCAAGAUGGCUACCAGUGGGUGACCUUAUCAUCGAUAGCCUACCUCAGCAUCUAGCUGAACUUAAGAGCUUCCAGGAUUACUACAGUCCAAUCCACGAUGACUUGGAGAAGGUGACCCAGAUGGCUGGCCACUUUCCUGCUCAGCAGGUCAGUCUCAGUACUGUUAACCAGGGAAGGCUUGAGGACAUUGUUCGAAGAUGGAAAACCUUGCAGCUGGCCAUCGACGAGAGGGCUAGGUUACUCCACGAGGCUCUGAGAGACUUUGGGCCGCAAUCGCAACACUUCCUUAGAGCUUCUGUGCAACAUCCAUGGGAAAGGGCAGUAGCAGCAAAUAAGGUGCCAUAUUUUAUCAACCAUGGUACGGAGACUACCCACUGGGAUCACCCUCGUAUGACGGAGCUCUUUCACUCGCUCUCAGACCUCAAUGCUGUCAAGUUCUCAGCGUACAGGACAGGCAUGAAGCUAAGAAGGUUACAAAAAUCAUUGUGCUUAUACCUCUUGAAUCUGGCGAGUGCCGACUCAAUCUUCACCCAACACGAGCUGGUAACCGGCAACGACCGAACCCUCGAUGUAACGGAGAUAAUCAAUUGCCUAGCGACGGUUUACGAGAACCUGGCGAUGGAUCACCCGGGGAUGGUUAACGUACCUCAGUGUGUUGAUAUGUGCCUCAAUUGGUUACUCAAUGUGUAUGACACGGUAAGGAGCGGGAGGAUACGAGUGUUGGCCUUCAAGGUCGGUGUCGUCAUGCUCUGCAACGCUCACCUCGAGGACAAGUACCGUUUCAUCUGCCGUUUUGUUGCGGAUAAGAACGGCAUGAUAGAUCAGAGAGGGCUUGGUCUCCUCCUGCACGACUGCGUCCAGAUUCCAAGGCAGCUAGGGGAGGUCGCGUCGUUUGGAGGAAGCAAUAUCGAACCAAGCGUCAGGAGCUGCUUCAACAUGACCGGAAGCAAACCUCUGAUUGAACCAGCCCAGUUCCUGGCCUGGAUGAAGUUGGAACCCCAGUCGAUGGUCUGGAUGCCGGUCUUACAUCGGGUGGCCGCGUCGGAGACGGCCAAGCACCAAGCCAAGUGUAACAUAUGCAAAGAGUGUCCCAUCGUGGGCCUCAGGUAUCGCUGCCUCAAAUGCUUCAACUUUGACCUUUGUCAGAGCUGUUUUUUCUCUGGUAGGAAAGCAAAGACGCAUAAACUCUCACAUCCCAUGCAGGAAUACUGUACAACAACAACGUCGGGUGAAGACGUGAGAGACUUUGCCAAAGUGGUGCGGAACAAGUUCAAAUCGAAGCGGUACUACCGAAAACACCCCCGCGUGGGUUACCUCCCUGUCCAGUCAGUUCUAGAAGGCGAUGACUUAGAAUCUCCCAUCACAACUCCCCAACACAUGGCCAAUCAGGACACACACACGAGACUGGAGCUCUAUGCUAACAGGUUAGCAGAGGUCGAAAGCCAAGGAACAUUAAAUUCUGUACCUACCGACCUCGAGGAUGAGCAUCAGUUGAUAGCCCACUACUGUCAUAGCCUUGGUGGCGAUGUUUCUACAGUGCCUAACAGUCCAGCCCAGAUUGUGGUAUCCAUCGAUGCUGAACAUAGACCGGACCUAGAGUCUCAAAUUAAUGAACUGGAAGAUGAAAACAGAACGUUACUAUCAGAGCUUGAAACGCUGAAAGCCCUAAGAACGGAGGACGUGAAGAGGGCGGCAGAGCUAGCGGCAUCGUCGGGUGACGAGAGGUCAUCCGGGAGGUCACCGGGCAGGGAUGCGGAGCUCGUCGCCGAAGCCAAGUUACUACGGCAACACAAGGGAAGGCUAGAAGCAAGGAUGCAAAUAUUGGAAGAUCAUAACCGUCAGCUCGAAGCUCAGCUGCAAAGGCUGAGACAGUUAUUAGAACAGCCGCAAGACAAAAGCACAUCCCAAGUGUCCUCGUCGAAGACCACCCCCGCAGUCUCACCAACCUCUUCCAUAAGCUCCGCCUCUAAGCCAAUCAGAAUACAGCAUCCUGUUGCCGUAGAAACCAGAACGAAUGGCGGUACAAGUGACUAUGAUAGUGAUAUGGCAGUGGAGGAGCAGAACAGUCACCCGUCUCCUCACACCCCUCCCCACCUGAAAGAUGACCCCACCCCCAGGGAGCACCAACCCAACGGUAGGGACCACCACCACCAUCAUCAUCUCCACCAGGGCGGGGCAGCUAACGGGGUCCCAGCCAAGGGAAAGGUUGACCUUGACAAAGUCAUUCAAGAACUCAAUAACUUUCCCGACGGGACCAAGAAUGGAAGUGCUGGCCAAAACAGUGUAGGUAGUCUUCUCCAUAUGGCGGAUAACAUCGGCAAGGCGGUCGGGACCCUAGUCACCGUCAUGACGGACGAGGAACAGAGCGAUAAGGAAAGCGAGGCAUAGCCAAUCACACGCUUCUCUCCGUUCAAAUCAUAACAAAUUCAACCAAUGAGGGGUCUUCCAUGAUGAACAUAAUUUGCAUAAUCCAUUCUAUAUAUAUACAGCCAGUGCGGUGUGCAUUGCCAGUGAGGGGGGGGGGGAAUGUUGCUCCCCUCUCUCCAUCCUAUGAAUUCCUCACGUUUAUGAGGACAAGUGUCCAAACCUUUUUUCUAGUAUGUGAUUGUAUCAUAUGACUUUACUUCAGUUGAUAUCUGUUAGAUAAAUUACCCUGAUUCAUGAUGAUAUGAAUGCGACAUGACUUUUAUCAAAUGAAAUAGUCUCAUUUCCAGGGGAUGUUAGCUAUUUAUGACAGCAAUUCACAAAACAGUAGCUAUUUCUAGAUAUGAUAUACAAAGGAUUUUAUCAAUUAUCGCCAUUUUUUAGAACUAACUUUCCCGGCUUUUUGUUUGAUCUAUGCAUGCUGCAGUUAAUGUCGUCCUUUCCCAUCAUGCAAUGUUUUUGUGUUUAUGUCGAGAUAAUCUUUUCUGAUUUGUCGAGUCUUUUUUUUAAUUUUGGAGUUAGUUUCUUGUAGAUGGUUUAUUAGGACCAAAGACAAAUUAUACAUUGCAGGGAACGAGGGACUCAACUUGGAAUGAGUUUGUGUAGAUGUUAAACUGGUGCUAUUAUCAAGGAAUUUAUGUGCAUAUAUAGAGACAAGCUGAGUCGUUGUGUCGCUACACCGCAUGCUUGACUACUCUUCCGGGUUCGGUGACACAAAGGUUAGCGAUUGAUUGUACGCUCGAUUUUCACGAUUGAUUGUGCAUUGUAGUCAAUGCAAUCAAUUGUAAAGAUAUUCUCCUAUGAUGAUUGCUAAGUUUUGUGUUACCGGCCCCUGGUAAUACAGAAGCUGCUGUAAUUAAAGACGUAUCGAAAUAUAAACCCUUUGUUCCUAUCGGUUAUUAUGAAUCUAUUCAUGACCUCAUGAGUAUUACGGUUGCCUUGGCCUGGGUGCUGUCCAGUGCACAAGCAAUCUGUGUGUUUCAUAAAACGCGCCAUCAACAUUCAUUAAUAUGAGUGGCUAGUGGGUUGACCACUUUUUCCUACUUGCACGGGCUGCGAGUGAAAAUUUAAAAAGUAGAUAUUUAAUCGAUCAGUGGAUCCAAAGCAAAUUCUGAUUUCUUGCAUAAAUUAGUAUAAUUAUUAAAAUUUAGAAAAAUUGCAAUGCAAUUUGGUACACUAUGCCUUGUAGGGUUGAAAUUAGACAUGAAUAUUAUGCACGGGGCAUUAACAAAAAAUGACUCCAGGAUCAAAUGAAUAAUGAUUAACCUGAAGAAAAUCACUUAGGCCUACAUAUAAUAUAGGAUUUAUAUAGCGCACAUAUCCACUUUGUUAGGCGCUCAAGGCAUUCCUAUAUUACCUGGCUAUGCUAGUCUACCUAUUCAGGUGCUCACAGCUUUUUGAGAAAUUACUUCCUGCCGGUACCCAUUCACCUCACCUGGGUUGAGUGCAGCACAAUGUGGGUAAAUUUCUUGCUGAAGGAAAACACGCCAUGGCUGCGAAUCAAACCCACAUCCCUCAGAUUGAAAGACGAGAGUCUUAACCACUAGACCACGACGCCCCUACACAUAUUGUUGAUUAGGGCUGAUUAUUUUAUGGUUGAAAUAUACAAUGCAUUCUACCCACUUCAUAUCAAAAGUUGUGUAAAUUUCGAUGACGUAAAGUUACUACUGGAAUGUUUGUGGAUUCCACACAUUUGUUGUAUGAUUGCAUUAUGCUUCCUCCUUUAUUUUAUUUCAUGAUUAUGUUUCAUUAUGUUCAUGUCUUCUAUGUAGGUUAUACAUCAUCAUAUUAUUAUAUUCUUGAUGCAUCGAUAUCUUCCUUCUGCCUAGAGCUUGUACUAUAGUUCUUUUUCUUUUUUUUUACAUAUAUCUAGUUGGUUGUGUCAUGGUGAAUUCAUGCUAAAAUCAUCUUCUCAAAAAUUGAAUGAAAUCAUUUUUUUUUUCAGAUGUUUGAAUCAUUAUAUUAUUAGAUUAUAUUUUGCUUCAUAGCUGAAACAAUCAAUUAUGAUUGUUUUACAUUUUGAUUCAUAAUAUUGCCAUUAAAUUCACUUUAUAAACUGUCAGUUUCAUAUUUGUUAAUUUGUUCCUUUUAUUUUAUUUUUUGCUAACUACAAUUAAUUUUUUGUGCUAGCUACAAUUCCUUUCCUGAAGAAAGGAAUGUAUCUUUAUAUUUGUUUUGCACAGACUUUCUUUACAAUUUGACGGACGGAGGAGUGAAUUUGACUUUGUUCAUUUCAUACUACACAUUUUCCAGUAGUAUUUGGGGAUUGUGUGCUAAUGGUUAUCCCUUCUACGUUAAAUCCAAAAAUGUGUGCUUAUAUGAAAAAUAUAUUUUCUGUUUUCAUCAAACUAUAUUGUUUUGGAUUGUUUUUGUUAAUUUUUUUUUUCAUUAAAGAUGUGUCUUUAUUUUUUUUCUCACUCGUUACUCCUCAGUAUAUAUUCCUUUAAAAGAAGAAAAAUCAACUGUAUUGAUAAUUUGCAACCUUUCUUCUUAUUUUCUGCUUUAUUGUAAAACAAAAUGACAACAACGUGCUCGUAUGAGGGGGGGACAAAAUUUGUUAUGAAAUUGAUAUCAAGUAUACACAUCUCUUAAGUUCAACAAUUGUCCUGUCAUUUCUCCCUUUUUUAUGGGGGGGAUUUCAGUAUUAAUAUGUAUUAAUAUAAAGUGUAAGUAUUCACUUUGAGUAUCGCCAGUAUUUAAAGAAACAACAUAUUUUUAAUACAAUUAUCAUGGUCAUUUUGAUGUUACCAACUGAUUUCGACAAUGAAUAGUUUUCAUGCUUAUAGAUCUGCAAAUUUUUUUUUUGCCACGAUGCACAAAAUUCUGUUUUUUCUUAAUGGACACCUGUGAUUUAAAAGUGCACUUCCAAUUUGCUACUUAAUUAAGAUGUAGAUUUUGUGAGAGAUAUAUAACUAAUGAUUUAAUACUCUGCAUGGCAAUGUAUAUAAAGUUAUGCAGUAUUUUAAAAUAAUAGAGAAAUCUGGUCACAAUUUACAAAGAUUCAAUGUCUAUUUUAGCUUUGUAAAUGGUCAAAAGCUUGUAAAUUUGUGAUGAAUUAAUGUGAAGGUAUUUAUUUAUCCCUCUUUUUUUCAACGAACUGAUUUAGUAUUUGAAAACUCCACAUUGAGGUGCCAAAAAUUAGCAUUUAUUUAAGUCACAAUUAAUGGAAUGAGAAUAAAAAACAUACUUUGAAGUCAAUUCAGUAUUUUCCCAAACAGUUUUGAAGAAAGGCUUUUUAUGUGUAGAAAUAUAUGGCAGUUUAGAAAGUAUUCAUUGUAGAAGACGUUUGGAAGGAAGGUGUUUUCCCCCUUCUUUUCAUCCUGAUUUUAUUAAUGGAUGAUUAAUAUUUCAGAACAGAACAAGUUCAUUUAGAAGGUGAGUGGGUGUUUGAUAGAUUAUUAAUAUGUUUAAUAAAGAUGUCAUUUUGAUUGCAAAUGCCACAUCUUUAGAUAAUCUUUCUCUCUUAAAUAUUUAAAAAAUUAUCAGAAUAUUGUUGAUUUUUCUCUGUAAAUAUAUGUUGAUUUCCUUCUUGUCAAGCUCGACACAAAUCAUGAAACAAAUCGUUUCUUUGUCUUUUAUAUUAUGAAGUCAUAUUUUGUACUAGACUUCGACGUUUGUGGUCAUGUAGAAAAGAUUUUGUGGUAUGGUUAACUCGUCACAAUCACCUUUUAUGCACUAUUGUCCAUCUUGAUUUUCAAGUCAUUUGAAAAAAAGAGGGAUGAAUUAUGAAGAAAUUACCUGAUAACAACUGAUUCAUGAGCAUCUGUUUAUUACAUAGUUUUGAUUAAAUCAUGAAUUGACUGUAAAUGAGGCUAUGCCUUGUAUACAUUAUUUUGCAACCAUGUUCAUUUUUUUAUAAACCCAAGAUCUCCCUUGUAUGUGAGUAUGUUAUGAUUGAUAUGUAUUUCGGCGUUGGAUCUAGUUUUCACUGUAUUUUAUCUUCACUAUUGCUUGAAUUCCCAUUGUAUCAAGUUACUGUGGUCGUACAUGAUUAUAAUAUUAAAUUAAUCAUUAUGCAAUACAA